CCCUAGAAGGCUUAAAACUUAAAUCGCCCGUGGACUUCUGGCGAUAUAUAUUGUUGGAAAUUUCUGGAAAUUUGGGAGAAGAGAUUUCAAUGGAAGAAAUUGCAGUAGAAGCCAUAAACCACGCGCUGAGGGCCCUUCGGAAGCGGCAUUUACUCGAAGAAGCCGCUCAUCUUCCUGCUUUCACCGCCCUUUCUCGCCCUAUUAUUCAUCAAGGCUCAGAAUGGAAAGAGAAAGCUGAAAAUCUUGAAACAGAGCUUCAACAAUGUUAUAAAGCUCAAUCUCGGUUGUCAGAGCAGCUAGUAGUUGAAGUGGCCGAGUCCAGAGCUUUAAAAGCUCUAGUUCAAGAAAAGGAAGCCAUGAUUACUGACCUGCAAAAUGAGCUUAAUCAAGCAAGGGAUGAAUGUUCUAGCCUAACUGCACUUCUUGAAGAAAAGACUCAAGCUCUUGAACUAAUGAUUAUUGAGCACCAGGACCUUAAAGCUAAUCUUGAUGAAAUGACUGAGAAGGCUAACAAAGCUGAAGCAGAAAAUAAGAUGUUGAUUGAUCGUUGGAUGCUGCAGAAAAUGCAGGAUGCUGAACGCCUUAAUGAGGCUAAUUCCCUAUACGAAGAGAUGCUGGAUAAACUCAAGGCCAGUAGUAUAGAGCAACUUGCUCGUCAGCAAGUAGAUGGUGUUGUCCGACGAAGUGAAGAUGGUGCAGAAUACUACAUGGAGUCAACUAUCCCCUCUUCUUGCAAGCAAAGGAUCACGGCUCAUGAAGGAGGCUGUGCUUCUACCAUAUUUGAGUAUAAUUCCAGCAAAUUGAUUAGUGGAGGGCAGGACCAUACAAUUAAAAUGUGGGAUACUAACACUGGGUCAUUAAGCAACACACUUCAUGGUUGUCUGGGCUCUGUUCUUGAUCUUUCUAUAACACAUGAUAACCGAUCAAUCAUUGCAGCUAGUAGCUCAAACAACUUGUAUGUGUGGGAUGUUGGUACUGGUAGAAUACGGCAUACUCUCACUGGCCACAAAGAUAAAGUAUGUGCUGUAGAUGUGGGCAAAUUUUCAACUCGGCAUGUUGCAAGUGCAGCUUAUGAUCGUACUAUAAAAGUCUGGGAUCUAAUGAAAGGAUACUGUGCCAAUACAAUUCUUUUUCACAGCAACUGCAACAGCCUUUGUUUCAGUCUGGAUGGACAGACCAUUUGUUCUGGGCAUGUAGAUGGGAAUCUUCGACUCUGGGAUUUUCAAACAGGAAAACUUCUGAGCGAAGUCGCUGCACAUUCACAGGCUGUGACGUCAAUGUCCUUGUCCCGGAAUGGAAACGUGAUAUUGACAAGCGGGAGAGACAACUUGCAUAAUCUGUUUGAUAUCCGCACUCUCGAAAUCUGUGGCACAUUCAGAGCGAACGGUAACCGGAUCGCAUCUAAUUGGAGCCGAUCAUGCAUCAGUGCAGAUGACAGUUAUGUAGCCGCUGGAUCUGCUGAUGGAUCUGUCCAUAUAUGGUCAAUAUUGAACGGUCAAAUAGUGAGCACUUUGAAAGAACACACAGCCCCGGUUCUAUGUUGUUCCUGGAGUGGUCUUGGCAAACCUUUGGCGACCGCCGAUAAGAGUGGGAUUGUAUGUAUAUGGUCAUGAGCUUGCAGCUGUUUCCAGUACAUUUCUUAUGACAACAGUGGGUGAUUGGUUUUUAAGCUGCUUGAAAUCAAAGAUCCACCCCAAGAUGAUUUGACAGUGUCAUACCAAUGAUCUCGACAGCAGAUGAAUUGAAAAAUGUGUAUAUGGUUCUUUUCAUUAUUGUUGGAAAUAUAUUUCAUAUCACACAAAAAGAUGUAUAUAAGUUUGUUUGUCAACUUUUCUUAAUCCUUGGAGACCCAAAAAUGUAUAUGUAUAUGGUUGUUUCUAAGUUUUCAGAUUUAAUUAAUUGGAAGUUUGUUUAUA